CCCCCCUUUUGUCGCCGCGAGAGAGAGAGAGUGGACGCGCCGGGGGUUUGAGGAGCAGAAGCGGGCUGUCCACAUGGUCCAACCACUGGCGUGAAAGUUGACUUCUUCCGAAAACAAGAGAACAGGUGCCAGUGAUGAUGGUGGAAUCAGCCUCUGAGACAAUUCGAACAACGCCGUCCAACCAGAACGGAGUCAGCAGCCUUAGCAGCCAAUCAGACGGAGGAGGAGGUAGAGAGGGCGGGUCCAAUGGAGACACCAACGGAGAGAUCAGUCCAGUCGACUUACUGCACCUGCAGCAACAACAGGCGAUCCAGGCAGCCAGACAGUUCCUCCUCCAGCAGGCCUCUGGACUCAACUCCCCUGGCAGCAACGAGGUCAAACAGAGCCCUGUGCAGGUGCCUGUCUCCAUGGCUAUGAUGAGUCCGCAGAUGAUCACUCCUCAGCAGAUGCAACAGAUCUUGUCUCCCCCUCAGCUCCAGGCCCUGCUGCAGCAACAGCAAGCUUUGAUGCUACAGCAGUUACAGGAGUACUACAAAAAGCAGCAGGAGCAGUUGCAUAUCCAGCUUCUGACUCAGCAGCAGCAGCAUCAGCAACAGCAGCAGCAGCAGCAGCAGCAGCAGCAGCAGCAGCAUGCUGGGAAACAAGCAGCGAAAGAGCAGUUAGGCAAUAAGCAGUUGGCCUUCCAGCAGCAGCUGAUCCAGAUGCAGCAGCUUCAACAGCAGCACAUCCUCAACCUCCAGAGACAAGGACUGGUCCCAAUGCAGCCCACCGCUGCCAUGCAGUCUCUGCAGCAAGCGAUGUGUCCGUCAGACCUCCAGCAGCUGUGGAAGGAGGUGUCAGGCAUGCAGAGCAGCGAGGAGGCCCUGAAACAGGCCGAGGGCCUGGACUUGAGCACCAACAGUUCCAACUCUACCUCAGCCUUCCCCAAAGCUGCCAGCGCUCACAUCCCACUGCACAGCCUGCAAAACGGACAGAGCCACACCCCAAAGAGAGACAGAGCCAGACUGUUUGAGUGGAUAUCCUCCUUCACCAAGGCAGACAGCGGAGAUGACCAUGUCCCCCUUUACUCCAAAGGCAGCCAACCCCCCAGCCAUCAUGAGGAACAUGCAGGCUCCCAUCCACUUUACGGCCAUGGAGAGUGUAAGUGGCCCGGCUGUGAAGCACUGUGUGAGGACAUGGGACAGUUCAUCAAGCACUUGAACAAUGAGCAUGCCCUGGAUGACCGCAGCACUGCUCAGUGCCGAGUCCAGAUGCAGGUGGUUCAGCAGCUGGAAAUACAGCUGGCGAAAGAGAGUGAGCGACUCCAGGCCAUGAUGACCCACCUGCACAUGCGCCCCUCAGAGCCAAAGCCUUUUAACCAACCUCUGAACCUGGCUUCCAGUGGCUCUCUGUUGAAGCGGGACAGCGAUGCCUACUCAGAGGGCCUUCAGCACCCCCCCACCUCGGCCGCCACCCCCAUCACCCCGCUGCGCCAGGGACCCUCGGUCAUCAGCUCCUCCAGCCUGCACACACACUCCCACUCCCACACGCACGGUGUCGGGCCCAUACGUAGGCGCAACUCCGACAAGUAUUGCACCCCCAUCGCCUCAGAGCUGGCUCAGAACUGUGAGUUCUACAAGAACGCUGAUGUCAGGCCUCCCUUUACCUACGCCUCUCUUAUACGUCAUGCCAUUCUGGAGUCCCCAGACAGACAGCUGACUCUCAAUGAAAUCUACAACUGGUUUACACGGAAGUUUGCCUACUUCAGGAGAAACACAGCAACAUGGAAGAAUGCUGUGCGCCACAACCUGAGUCUGCACAAGUGUUUUGUUCGUGUUGAGAACGUGAAGGGAGCCGUGUGGACUGUGGAUGAAGUCGAAUACCAAAAGAGGAGACCACCAAAGAUGACCGGAAGUCCCACUCUGGUGAAAAACAUGAUUUCAGGCCUGGGCUUUGGAUCCCUAAACGCUAGCUACCAGGCGGCGCUGGCAGAGAGCAGUCUGUCAAUGCUAAACAGCUCUCCCCUGGUGAGCCCUCCAUCUGCAGCCAGCCUCAACAUGCUGCACGUGGGCCACGACGAUGUCAGUUCCACUGUGGAGCAGGUCAACAGCAACGGCAGCUGCAGCCCCACGCUCAGCCCUCACCAGUACAGCCACCCGGUGCAUGUGAAGGAGGAGCCCACUGAUGUGGAUGAGGACGGUCGGCCAGUAUCCCUCCUGGUUGGGGUCACACACAGCCUGCCAUUGCCGAGCGACGAGCGCGAUCUGGAGGAGGAUCUUGCCAACGAGGACCUGGAGUAGGAGAGAUCCGAGAACGGACCAGAGGGACGGGACACACAGCGAGAUCAAUCCCCCCCGAGCCCUCUCGUCAGCCUGAAGAGGAAAAAAUAGCGACAGUACACUUGUGAGAAAAAGAGAGAAAAAAAGAGAAUGUUUUUUUUUGUUUUGUUUUGAAGAAAAUGCAAGCAACCAAGGAUGACAUUGAGAAACACCAAACAGGGUUAGAUGACCUCCGUUACUUUCAGACACAAAAAGAGAAGACUGUGGAGCACUGCUUUACCUCCAUGUGUUUCUUUUCCGACACUUGGCUCAGAGGUGUAACACCACUUAAUGCAUACACACUCACACAAACACGCACACAGACACACUCAUUCAUGUCUCACCAUGUUUCGUUAUCCUCCCUGGUAACAUCAGCCUCUGUGUAGAGACCCCUAGAGGCGUUGACACACACACACUCUCUUCUCCUCGCCCCACCACUCUGCACACACCCUGCUCACUGUCGUCUCGGGCUGCCUGGGUAGCCGCUUUAUCUCUAAUCGUCAGUCGAGAAGACACACAGAUGCGUGUGUGAGUGUGUGUAAGAAUGAAAAAGACACACAGGAUCAUGUGUAUAUAGAUCUGGAGCAGUCAUCAGGGGCUGUGCAGUAUACCUCUCCUUCUUCCCCCUCUUGAGUCAAUCACUUGCUUUUUCAUUUUUAUUUGAUUUAAUCAAAAUGGAACUGUUGGGCCUCGAGAUAGGAAGGAAGGAAGGAAGGAAGGAAGGAAGGAAGGAAGGAAGGAAGGAAGGAAGGAAGGAAGGAAGGAAGGAAGGAAGGAAGGAAGGAAGGAAGGAAGGAAGGGUGCUUUUAAAGAUGACCUCCAACAGUGCUCCAAGCCCUCGACGACACCUACCCAACGAACGGAUGCGGAGCGGCCCCGGUCUGCGCCCAAACCUCUGCUCCCAGCAAGACACUUAGUGUUGGACAUCUUUUAAACUCUUUGCUUCUAAGUGAGGAAAGCAAAACACAUUUCCAACCCACCUCCAUCCCAACCCCCACCCCCCAAAAGAUAAUGCAGGAAUAGGACCAUUUGGUGCUGUCCUUCUCCUCUCCUCCGUGUAGGGAUGGAGUGAUGAGCUUGGAACACUUGACGUGCGAGAAGAAUAAGAGAGGAGGCUGAUAGAAAAGAGGGAGGAAGCAUCUACAGAAAUAUUGUGACUAAAAAAGAAAACUGUUCAUGAUUAUGGAGUAUAACAAGAAAAAAACGUGUGGUAGCUUUUGUCAUUUCCUUUUUUUAUUUGAUGUUAUGUUGACGAUGUUAUUAUCAUUUUUUGAGGAUCAAUAUUUCCAUGGUGGCGUUCUGUUUCAACGUACCUUUUCUAAGAAUGCUGUUUUUGUUUUUGUGUUGUAAUUUGUUUGAUUUACUCUGGUUGCUCACACCAUUCCAAAUGAGUAUUGGCAAAAAAAGAGAGAAAGAAAUGAAAGCGCAGUAUUGUCCCAACUUGUGACCCCGCCCCUCUCCCGUUUCUGUCCCAAGUGUAGCAGGCAAGAAAUUUGGAAAUAGCACUUAAAGUUUCCAUUAUCCAGACAGAUUAUUUAACAGCUGAAUAUUUUUUGUGUUAAUUCUCUCUCAUUCACUUGUUUUUCGGUUGUGUAUUUAGUUGAGAAAUAUCAGUGAUGCUUUAAAAAAAUAUAUAUUAUUACUGCAGUCAGAGAAUACCUCAUCCCACGAAGGCUCCGCCUGGAACUGUGUCCAAAUUGAUAAAGAAAUAAAGGGGAAUUCUUUCUGUGGGACACCAAAUGUGGCAACUCUGCUCGGCUUCAGACUCAAAGCUCUAUGGUUGUAAUUGUUACUGUGUAGAAGCUAUCUGCAAUUCACUGUGUGAGUUUGUGUUAAAGGAAUAGCACGUGAGAUUUUUUUUCCUUUUUUUGUUUUCUGUGAGCAUAAAAGCAUUACUUUUCUCUACAGUGCCAUACCAAAUUUUAACAUUUAUUUGAAUCUGUUCUCUGCUUGUUCCCGUUUUUAUUUUUGUUACAGGUAACCAAAGAAAUAUGUAGAAAACCAAAAACCCUGUAGUUUAUUUUGCCCCUUUUUGAGUUUCCCCCCUUUUUUUUCCUUCUUCCUCUUAAAGAACUGGCCAAAAGACAACGAACCAGGAGUUUGAAUUCCUAUUAUUGUAUUCACAUAAAUUAUACAUGACUUACAGUGCUGACCAUUCCAAAAACCAAAGUGUGUGAAGCAAACUAGACUUUGGAGACAUGAAAGCUUUUUACAAAAGUGUUUAUGAAUAACUUGCAUUAGGUAUGAGGCCAAAAAAAAAACCUAGUAUUAAAAAACCUCCCGCAGUUCCUCGAAAAAAAUAAGAGUAAAGAAAAUAGCACUUAGAGGUGAAACUCCCGCUCUCAGGCUAAACUGUAUUCCAAACAAUCCAAGGAUUGGCCUGACUAGUGUGAGCAGACCUGAGUAUGAGGCACUCGUGACGUGUUUGAGCACAUGUAACAAAUAGAGACGUUAAACACUUGGCUUUACAAGCUGUUUUUCUGGUGCUGUCAUAACAAAAAAUUUGACUUUUUUAAAAGUAGGAAACAAACAUCCUCUCUUAAUCUGUAUUUACAGGAAGAGGAAGUGGACUGCGUUGUGGUUACAGAACUCACAUCUUUCAGCCAAUCCAAAUGAAUAUUAGGGAAAAAACUAAAAAACUAUACCAAUGUAAGAGGAAAAACAACCAAGGGACAUCAUGUGAUUCAAAGUUGGGCUCAUAUUUUCAUACUUUUUGUCAAACUAUCUCGUGCACUCUUAUUUAACUAACGAACCUUUCUGAUGACUUUGUGUUCAAACAGGACUGUUUCCUGUCACAUUAGAGACUGAUUUCUGACAAAGUACAAAGUGGCAGACAGACAUCUUGCAACGAGAUAAAAAUAAAAACCAAAAAUAACACUACCUCCUUUUCGAAAAACAGUUCAACGCAUAGCCAAUGGGAGACUGAACUCUCUUAGAAUAUGUUUUUUUUUUUUUUCCUCUCCAUUCUUCCUUGAUGAUAAUAAUGAAUGCCAAAAUUGUGUUGCGCUUACUGUAUGACUGACGAGAAGAAAAAAAAAAGCUAUUUGGUGAUCCGGACUCCCUUUCACAUCUGCUUGAGCCCAAAAACAUAGAGAUGUUUCACUUUCCAUGGAAUUUAAAAACGACUACCUCUCCUUUAAACCACAUCUAAAGCACUCUCUAUGUCUCAAAGUGUGUUGUGAAGCGCUCGCUACUUCUAUAAAAGUUUUCUAUCAGCUGUGUGAACCUGACCGUGCUCCUGCGCCUGAUUAGCACUGAGCUAUGUGAGCAGCCUCUGAACCGUGUGCUUCGACUGUAUGUGUGCAUAUUAAUGAUGGCAGCCAAUGAGAAGCCGCUCGUUAAUGGCCGCGUGGCGUUGCAGGGAGCUGGCUGUCAGGGGUAAUGAUGGGCAGAAUAUAUCAGACACACACACACACACAGGGACACACACAGAUAGCAUAGACGCAGGGCUAUGGGUUAGUGCAAACAGAGGCUCUGACCAUCCAGAUAUCCAAAGACCCACAUCCACAGCAGUCACCCCACCCCCUCCCUCCCCCCCACUCAUCACCAAAACGCUCGCAGAGACGCUUAAUGAAACACAUCACUACUAGUAGUAAUAUCCAAACCAAGAGGAACUGCUGCAUCCAGUACAUAGAUGAUCUCUGACUCGUGCUUUAAGGUACACCUGUAAACAAAGCUGUUUUAUAAAGAUGUAGAUUGUUCACAGGUCGCCAUGUAAGACUUCUGUUUUUUUUUUUUUCUCUCCAGCUCGGCAUAACAUGAUGUAUUCUUGUAUAUUAGUGCUUGACUUAUCUCUCCAGGGCAUUCUUUCUCAUUUUGUCCUUUCAUUUUCUCUUCUUUUUUUGGGGUUUGUUUGUUUUGUUUCUCUCCUCUGCACCUGUUUAGCUAUUGUAAAGCUUUCAGCUCUGAUUCCUAUACUGUACUGCUAAUGCUGAAGUAUAUGUAUUUAUCAUAUUAAGUGCUGCAGAUAUCUUGGUUUUAAUAGUUUUUUUUUGUUUCCAUUUUUUCAGUUCUUCAUAAAACGUCUGGGACGCUGAUUUUUUAAGUGUAUUAUCUCUAAAAAAAUUAAAAGAUUAAAAGUUAGAUCAGUGGUUUAGGUAACACCUGUUUGUAUAUUUAUCUUAGCUAGGUCUAUUUUGAUACUUUUUUGUCUCUGUACUGCAUUUAUGCAUUUUUAAGGAAAGAAAAAAAACAAAUGGAAAACAAAACAAAAAAGUUACUUCAUUAUGUAUUGAUACCUCAGAAGGACUUUUUCUCUAAAGACAGGACCAAAACCUCCAAAAAGAAAAAGAGAAAGAGGAAAAAAAAUGUAAGAAUAUGUAGCCCCUCUCUUGCUUUAAAAAAUGCAGAGCUCUAGAAAGGUAUUGCUGUUGGUCCUUUCAGGUGCCAAUAUAUGUCCCAGCUUCCUUGUGACCCCCGACCCCCCCCAACCCCCUCCCUUUGACCCCUGACCCCUGUCAUUCCUGUGCUGAACUCUGACCCCGCAGAGCUGUCAAUCGUCUGCAGGUGAAAUGGGGCUGUGGCUGAGUCACACCGCACCCUGCUGCCGGUGACCAGUCGCAAACCGCAUCUCCCCGUCCCGCAAUUGCAGAUCCAAGACUGACACUGUCGCAGUUUUUUGAUACUCCUCCUCUCUGCGUGUAGUCUCAAUACCAAAAUGUGGAACGGCUCCCAGAGAUGCAGCUCAUCCUCUGACUACCAAAGGCAUUGCGAGCAAACAUUGCUUAGUCCAAACCCCUGAACUGUAACCAAACUGUAACCAAACCAAUGCCACAAACAUAACCAAACAAACGCUGAGCUACUUCCAAAACUCUCUGACUUCACUGAUCACCUUUACAGAUAGCUGUUAUCUCUCGUACAUCCACGUGUUGGUGUUGUAGGAUCCGGUCUGUGUCCGAUUGGGCUGGCGAGUGACUCAAAAGACGUGGGAAACCCAGAUCCUGAGGUGUGAUUGGACAGUUCUGAGGUGUCACAUGAGGGGGAAGGGACUCUCAAAGCGGAGCAUUGCCUGACGGUAUUAUUACGUAGACAGCCAGAAUCCAAUGGAACUACCACUUCAUUUCUCCUCUGGUUAAACCUGAGGAAUGUGUGUACAUUUUCAGCAGUGACUCUCUAUUGUUUCUUAGUUUCAGUUUACCUGCUUACCUCUCUUUAUCCUUUGUUUUUGUUUUUUUGUUCUGUUUCUUGUUAUUUGAAAGUGUGAGCCGAGGAGGAGGCGGGGACAGGGACUGGACCACGGCUUUAGACAGACAGUGGAGCCCAGCCCUCGGACCCUCCACCCCGGGUAGCCAUGUAAUGCCAGUCACUGCCCUUUCCUUCAUGCUGUAUAAAACACACACAUAUAUCUGUGUAUUUGUAACCUGAAUCUUCUUGUGUCUGUCCAUGCAGACAAUAAAAAACUGUACAGUAGGUCUAGUUGCAUGUAAUCUGUACUAAUUAUUGACAAUGGCAUUAUAAAAUGCAAUAAAAUACUUAUUACACUGUC